AGGGUGGCCUGGCGGACCGCUAAUGAGCCGAAAUCCAAAGUUCUAGACCCAACUUCGGCGCUUAUAUACAUAUAUAUAUAUAUAUACACACACGCACGACAUAUAUAUAUAUAUAUAUAUAUAUAAUCUCGAUAUAAAGGUACUUCUGAGGAGCUCACCAUGAGAAACCGGCCAGUUCCCGCUGGCAAAGGGAAUGCCUUCUGUACAGGUACACGGCGCUGCGGCGCAGGCUACGAGGGCGCCGGGCAUGGUGCGAAGGCUUUGCCGGACCUCCCCGCCAGAAGAGGCUGGCCCGCUGAGCCUGGGGCUAGUGGUCUGCCAGAGCAAAAGGCCCACGGUGCCAGCAAGUUAAAUCCCCAGGAGGAAUGCUCUAUAGAGAAAUCAGUGCUUGCCCAGCCGAUAUUUGUUUUUGAAAAGAAGGACUGUUCUUUGAAGCGGCCUGCAGAAGACCCAGUUUGCAAAGCUGAAAAUGAUUCCAUUAGUUAUUCCAGAAAGCGUGCAAGAUCUUCAUCUUUUACUUUCCAGAAGUCUGACUCUCAGUCUAACAAAGAUGCAAGUCUCAGUCACAAAAGAGGGAGAUCUUCUUCCUUUACUAUCAUUCCUACCUUCCCUCCCUCUCAGCCAGUAAAGAAGAAUAACAUAUUCAUGAGCUCAGCUCUUCUUCAAAGAAACCCUGACUUGAUCAAAAGCACAAAAGAAGCAUCUUUGUCCCAAAGUCAAUUGCGGAAUGUCAUUAGACCUGCCAUUUUGCAACCCCCACAAGCCCUGACCUGUGCUGCAAAUCCUAUAGUAUCUCCAAUAACUAAGGAAGAAGCACCUGUUCAGUUAUCUGAAGACAGCUCUUAUUCCUCAGCUGAGAAUGCAGUAAGUUCCAAAACAGCAGAGAGGUCAUCUGCUACCAUGAAUCUUUCUAGCUCUAGAACAGCCAAAAUACAGUCAUUUGAAGGCAGAAGUGUACAUAACAGCAGCAAUUCUGAUUUUGUGUUUGGAGAAAACAUGGUUGAAAGAGUUUUGAGUCCGGAAAAACAUCUAAAGUUGUGUAAUGAAGCUGAUUUAUACAAAGGAGAGGUAACAUCCAUGUACAUAGCAUCUUUUCACGUCAGUCCACAAACAAAAACAGCUUUGUUGAGAAAUGCAACACUAACUGAAUCAGCAGCUGCUUGUAUUUCCAAGCCAGUAGAGAAAAUUCAGUUAGAUAAAGUAGAAGUUAUAACUGGAGAAGAAGCAGAACACAAUGUAUUACAGAUCAACUGCAAGCUCUUUGUAUUUAAUAAGCUUUCUUUAACCUGGAUUGAAAGAGGCAGUGGAUCCCUGAGGCUUAAUGAUACUUCUAGCAAUAACUGUGGGAUGUUGCAGUCAAGGCUAAUUAUGAGAAAUCAAGGCAGCUUGAGACUGAUUCUCAACACCCGACUCUGGGAUCAGAUGGUUAUAAAAAGAGCAAACAGAAAAAGCUUGUGCUUUACUGCAACAGACCAAGAGGACCACUCUGUUCAAGUAUUUCUAAUUCAGGCGAGCUCAAAAGACACUGGGUACCUGUAUGCAGCAAUACACCACCGCCUCGUGGCAUUGCGAAGCUUUGCUGGGCCAGAGCCAGAUGCUAAUCAAGUAGAUGCAGAGACAGAAAUAGUUUUUCAGCCACUAAGCUGCGAUAGCGAUGAUGAAGAUGAUGAAGAAAUAAAUCAAGUGAGCAGCAGUGGAUCUGAUCAUGCUAGAUGGAACCGCAGGCAGCCUGUAGUCUGCUCAUGACACCUACCAGAGGUUAAAACAGGACGGCUGAGAACUCAUCUUCCCAAAAUGUCUAAGCUGACUCAUAUGUCUCUGGAGGGAGGAAAUCAGAUGCAUUUUGCUCUAUGAAUUUUAAUCAAAGAUUAAUUUUAGGAACAGUUUAAUACACUGAGAAAUAACUUGAGAUGCACUUUUGAGGAUUCCAGUCGGCCUGCUUUGCACUGAGAUAGGAAUGACACAGUGGCUUCUAAUAUUCAAGAAGUGUUACAAAGGCUUCAGAUUUUAGAAUUAAAUGUAUUUAGAUGCAUCAUUAAAGUAAGGAAUUUUAUAGGGAAUAAAUUUUUAUUCAUCAUAUUGAUGGAUAAAACCACAUAACCCUGAAAUAAUAAUAUACAUGAAGAUAUAUUUGUUACUUUUCAUCUGUUAUUUAAAAGAUAUAUUUGGAAAGCUUUAAAUAGGGCUUCACUGAAAACAUAUAUUGAAAAUUGUGUGGUAAAAUUCAGCAAUCUGUUUGUAAGUACAUAAAAGCAGAAUUGGGAGUGGCAGCUGAGCAUGACCAACGCCUAUAGAAAACAGCCUUCAUAACAAAUUUUUGUUUUCUGUUUGUUUUGAAAAGAUCUGGAGUAUUUUACUGUUUGUAGAAUUUUGUUAAAGGGCAAAGAACCGCGUUCAGCCUUUACAGCCAUAAGCACCAGGAGAAUUCACAGAAUCACAGAAUCUUCUAGGUUGGAAGGGACUGUCAAACUAACUUUGACAAAAAUAGACACCCACACAACAAAGAAAAAGCAUCACUAUGAACAUCUGCAAGCCAAUUCCAGGGGGCAUGUGAGGUCUAAGAUCUAAAUGUGUCUCUGCUUGCACUCAUGAACACCUUUUCACUAAACAAGCACUUGCACUGUUCUCCAUUUGAUAUACACAAAUAAAUGCAUGGACAGUAUAACUGGAUAUCCACAUAAGAAUUACUCUUAAAUAUGUGAGAUUAUCCGAAAUUACUUCUGCUUUCACUGUAGCUAUCCCUAAACAGCAUAAUUCCUUGAAAUAGAUGAGUAAGUUACACAACCUAAUACGUGCAAAGAUCCCAACAGUGCCAAAGACCCAGUUGCUCUGUAAAAGUGAUUUCCACAAACUUCUGCCUUCUACCUAACCAUUCUCAUGAGAACUUAGAAAAAUCAAUUAUAAGGCCACCUGUGGAUGAAGAUUUAUCAGAUCAUUCAUAAGCCCGUGCACAGUACAGACACCAAUUAUGCUCUGUGUUUUCUAUUAAUUUUGACAAAAGAUGAAGAAAAUACGUCUGUCAUCACUAUGCUGCAACUCUCUGCCACUUCGUAUGUUGUUGGUUACCAAAUAUUAUUUCUUUGUCAUCCUCAAAGCUGAAACAAUGUUCUGAAAUAUCUGAAGUCCUUUUAAUUAAGGUAAUUGUAAUGAUUUCUCAGUCUUAAAAGCUGCACGACACUUGAAGAGUCAAAUUGCAAUUUAGUUUUCCCAUCUGAACAGAUGUAUGAAUUUGGAAGAAUACCGGUUUCUUCCUGAAUUCUCAGUGCCCUGCCAAGAUUAGCAUCCAGGUGAAGUUCAACUAGCAUCUGGAUUAUGCUGGAUCGUAACUAGCCUGCCAAAAUUAGCACUUGUCUGACAUUGAUUUAGCAUCUGGAUGACACUAAGCUUAAGUGGGACUGGAUUUUUGCCUUCAGGAAAAGGGGAUUGCUUCACCACAGACCACCUGUGUCAAAUAGUGAAACACUGGGAUUUUCUUUGACUCUUAAGUCUAUCAAUAACAAAAAUGUUCUUUCUGUAACUAGCUAGCUGUACAUUGUGUCCUUUUCUAUCAGCCUUACACCUGACCACAACAAUAUUUGCAUCACUGACCUUCAUAUUUCAUUGCUGCAACUCACACUUGGGAACAAAACUCCAUGUUAUAAAAACUUCAGCAGUUGUAAAACGGAGCAGGCCUAUGUAUUUAGCAACAGGUCAUGGUGAUAACUUUGCCCUGGAGUUCAGCUGGCUGUGCACUGAAUGCAGAGUUUGAUUUCAAAGUCUGUCCUGAUAAUCAAAGCCUUCUGUGAAAUAGGAUUUAAGCACCCGGGUGUCAUGAUACCCUUCUAAGUUCUACAACAGCUGUAAAAUCCUUGGCAAAUGAAGGAGUGUUCCAGAGCAGGCACAACAGAACUUCUGCAGACACAGGACUUAAACUUUGUCAUUUGCUCCCACAGCAUGAGGAACAAGGCUUAUGAUCUUUCACAAAUAAACAAACUCUCUUUUGAUCUGCCUCUUCGGAAGAUUGUUACAUACAUAUAACUAGUAUAGACACAAACACACACUCCUUAACAUGAAGCUACAUCUCCUAAAAGCUGAGGAGGAAGAGAGGUCUUUAACCAUUUUGAAGAGUUUAGAUACUGUGGAGAUAGAGGACAUACAAAUACAUGUAUGUGCAGACAUAAUUAUGGUAUCAGAUCCUAAUAUUUUAUUUAUUCUAUUUAGUUUCAUUGCACUGAAAUUCAUUGUUUCUCAAGACUGAAGGUAUGCUAAUAUGUAAUAUAUUGACUCGGUUUUAAAAAUGUAAACUUUGUCAUUUUAUGAUAGUUGGAGCAACAAUUUCUAUGCCUGAACAAUAAACAAUUUUCUUACCGCUUUAA